CAACAACACGGUGGACUGCUGGCCUCCCUCCAUUCCAUGAAAGAGGGCAUGCUGUGCGGUCUUGCGAUCCAACAAAGAAAUAAUUCGAAUCGAAAGCCUUUCGGAUGGUGGGUUGGUAUAGAGUACUGUACCUAUGAGAACGGUGGUGGUCGAAUACGCAUAAAAAGUAGUAAUUUUUAGAAUGGUUGUAGUGUGUAAAUUGUACAAAAAAGAAAACGUAGGUUGGUUGGUUUGGUAUGUGCAUCCUCGUAACGGGCGACUCGGAGUUGGUGGUGAGCUGUUGUGCUGCGUGCGGUUCGGGUUCUCCUUUCUUUUGGUAGAACGUAUAUAUAUAUAUAUAUUGUAUGUCAUGGUCGUUGCCAUGGUCUUCUCGUCGUUCCUGCCCCUCUGUUCAAUCGAUCGAUCGAUCGAUCGACCGACCAGUCCAUCCAUCCACAUCCCACCCGUCGAGCUUCGUACCGGUAGCGUGAUCAAAAACAAAAAUCUCGGAAAGGAAUUGCCCGGGGGGUCCGUGGGUGGAUGGAUGGAUCGAUCGGUGGCUUCCAAACGAAACGACGAGGCACACUGUGUGUCGCGAUGGUUGGUUCUUCGUUUUGGGUUUCGUAGUGUCAUAGAUUCGUAAUUCUUGGUUCGCUUGUGUUUCUUGGUUCUCCCGGAGGACCUUCUUGGUUUGGUUUGGUGGUUCUGUUUCGUUGGUUCGCAAAAAAUCCAAAAAAGUCUCUGGUAGGCCGCAUCGGACGUCCGUGGUUUGUGAUUUACAAAAUAUACUGCAGUUGGACGGUCGGUGUGUGGCUUGGCUUGCUAUUGUCAUUGUC